CUCAGUCUGUUUUAGCUUUUAUAAGGGAGGGAUAGAGGUGGUAGGAGCAAGUGAGCAAGGAGUGAGAGGCAACUCAGAACUGCCUCGGACCCGUGGUGCUGUGGAGCAGGGAGGCUCCUCUAGGUUGGUAGGUUGCCAUGGCAUCUGGACCCAACAUGAUGGCCCCCAUUUGUCUGGUGGAAAACAACAAUGAACAGCUGUCAGUGAACCAGAAAGCUAUAGAGAUUCUUGGCAAGAUUUCUCAACCAGUGGUGGUGGUGGCCAUUGUAGGACUGUAUCGUACGGGCAAAUCCUACUUGAUGAACCGUCUUGCAGGACAGAACCACGGUUUCCCUCUGGGCUCUACUGUGCAGUCUGAAACCAAGGGCAUCUGGAUGUGGUGUGUGCCUCACCCCUCCAAGCGGAACCACACCCUGGUUCUUCUGGACACAGAGGGCCUGGGGGAUGUGGAAAAGGGCGACCCUAAGAAUGACUCGUGGAUCUUUGCCCUGGCUGUGCUUCUGUGCAGCAGCUUUGUCUACAACAGUAUGAGCACCAUCAACCACCAGGCCCUCGAGCAGCUGCAUUAUGUGACAGAGCUCACAGAGCUCAUCAGGGCAAAGUCUUCCCCAAGACCUGAUGAAGUACAAGAUUCCACAGAGUUUGUGAGUUUCUUUCCAGACUUUAUCUGGACUGUACGGGAUUUCACCCUGGAGCUGAAGUUAGACGGUCACCCUAUCACAGAAGAUGAGUACUUGGAGAAUGCCUUGAAGCUGAUUCCAGGCAAGAAUCCCAAAGUCCAAGCGUCCAAUCUACCCAGAGAGUGCAUCAGGCUAUUCUUUCCAAAACGGAAAUGUUUUGUAUUUGACCGGCCAAUAAACGACAAAGCACUCCUAGCUGACAUUGAGAAUGUGUCUGAAAACGAACUGGAUUCUAAAUUCCAAGAACAAAUAAACAAGUUCUGUUCUUACAUCUUCACCCAUGCAAGACCUAAGACUCUUAGAGAGGGAAUCAUGGUCACUGGGAAUCGGCUGAGGACUCUGGUGGUGACCUAUGUGGAUACCAUCAAUACUGGAGCAGUGCCUUGUUUGGAGAAUGCAGUGAGAACUCUGGCCCAACUUGAGAACUCAGUGGCCAUGCAGAAGGCAGCGGACCAUUACAGUGAGCAGAUGGCCCAGAAAUUGAAGUUGCCCACAGACACACUCCAGGAGCUGCUGGACGUGCACACAGCCUGUGAGAGAGAGGCCAUUGCAGUUUUCAUGGAGCACUCCUUCAAGGAUGAAAAUCAAGAGUUCCAAAAGAACCUUGUGGAAAUCAUAAAGGAUAAGAAGGAGGAUUUCAUACUGCAGAAUGAAGAGGAAUCUGUUAACUACUGCCAGGCUAAACUUGAUCAGCUUUCAACGGUCCUAAUGGAAAGCAUUUCAGCAGGGACUUUCUCUGUUCCUGGAGGGCACAAGCUCUACAUGGAAGCAAAAGAAAGGAUUGAACGGGAUUACUGGCGAGUGCCCAGGAAAGGAGUGAAGGCGAACGAGGUCCUCCAGAGAUUCCUGCAGUCGCAGGCAGCAAUAGAGAACUCCAUCCUGCAGGCAGAUAAAGCUCUCACUGAAGGAGAGAAGGCUGCAGCAGUGGAGCGGGCCAAGAAGGAGGCAGCUGAGAAGGAACAGGAGAUGCUAAGACAGAGACUACAGGAGCAGCAGCAGCAGAUGGAGGCGCAAAAGAAGAGUCUCCAGGAAAACAUAGAUCAAUUGGAAAAGAAGCUGGCGUGGGAAAGAGAAAACCUACUGAGAGAGCAGAAUAUGAUAUUGGAGCAUAAACUGAAGGUCCAAAGAGAUCUCCUUAAUGAAGGAUUUAGAAAGAAAGCUGAUGAGAUGAAUGCAGAGAUAAAUGGCUUGAAAAAUAUGAUUGAUACUUCUAAAAAUGAUGAUACUCCCUGGGUUGCACAAAUCUUGGACAGAUUUGGCAAUGAGGUCACUUCAGUAUUAUCUGCUCCUGCCAAACUUCUUGGUAAUCUUGUGAAAGGCGUAGGCUCACUAUUUAAAAAGAAUUAACUUUCCUUUUGAAGAAAUUAUAGAAUGUGGGUAUAUGCACUGGUUUAUUUUGAUUGUAUGUUUUUCACUUUCAUUCAGCAAAGUUUUAAAAAAGUGGCUAUUAGAGGGUAUCAAUGCCUGGCCCAUGUUACAUAGAAUAAAGGCAUGUACGCUUUGAUAUAGCAGGUUCACCUUAGGCAGUGCACAUAUGCACAAUCAUAUGUGUACAAAAAGUUCAGGCAUUGCUUUAAACGAUGAAAGAUUGGAAAGUACUUAAAUAUCCAUUUAUAUAAAUUGGUAAUAUGAAUUUAACAUAUCCAUAUACUGGAAGACUAUGUAGCCAGCAAGUAAAUUGACAGUGGAGCUCCAUUUUACAAAUGUAGAACGAUCUUGAAAUUAUAUUUUAAAUUGGAAAAAAUGAAGCACAAAAGAGGGUGUAUAAUGUGUUCACCGUAAAAAAAAUGUAAUUAUUAUGUGCAAUCUUACAUGUGUACACAUAGAAUACGUCUGGAAUGAUCCAUUAGAUGCUAGUAACAUUGUUUUCGUCGGGGGAGAACUGAGUAGCAUCAGGGGUAGGGGGGAGGACAUGUUUUUCAUUAUAUAUUCUAUCUUUUGAAUUUUAUGAAAAAAGCUUAUGUUACUAUUUCAUAAAUAAAUAACAAAGAAGAUGUAAAGUAU